CUGGUGGCUGAUCCCAUGCUCUAUACGGUGACCCGGAAACAGUUCCCCGCCCCUUCCUGUACACAGAGCUCCGCCCCCGGUCUCCUCCAGGGUUGCACAGUAGUAAAGAAGACAUCUGGUGAGUGUGAGACACCCAGCAGCCAUAGCCGUGUGUCACGUGGACUGAGCAGAACUAAGAGCCCCAUCACGGUGCCUCCACCUCACUCACUGAUACAUGAGAGGCACAGUGACCAGAAGAUCCUGGAACUCACCAACAAGAUCAUUCAGCUGCUGACUGGAGAGGAAGGGGAGUAUAUAGAGGAACACAGGGGUCUGUACAAGGACGUGAUGAUGGAGAAUCACCGGCCCCUCACAUCACUGGAUGGGCCCAGUAACAGAGAUACCCCAGAGAGUUGUCCCCGUCCUCUGUAUUCCCAGGAUUGUACAGAGGAGUAUCACAGGACCCCACAGGAGGAUCAGGUAGAACGUCUGUCUGAUAUUAAAACAGAUGAUAUAGAGGGAGAAGAGGAGACGUAUGUGACUGAUAUAAAGGCAGAAGAUAUAGAGGGAGAAGAAGAGACGUAUGUGACUGAUAUAAAGGCAGAAGAUAUAGAGGGAGAAGAAGAGAUGUAUGUGACUGAUAUAAAGGCAGAAGAUAUAGAGGGAGAAGAAGAGACGUAUGUGACUGAUAUAAAGGCAGAAGAUAUAGAGGGAGAAGAAGAGAUGUAUGUGACUGAUAUAAAGGCAGAAGAUAUAGAGGGAGAAGAAGAGACGUAUGUGACUGAUAUAAAGGCAGAAGAUAUAGAGGGAGAAGAAGAGAUGUAUGUGACUGAUAUGAAGGCAGAAGAUAUAGAGGGAGAAGAAGAGACAUAUGUGACUGAUAUAAAGGCAGAAGAUAUAGAGGGAGAAGAAGAGACGUAUGUGACUGAUAUAAAGGCAGAAGAUAUAGAGGGAGAAGAAGAGACGUAUGUGACUGAUAUAAAGGCAGAAGAUAUAGAGGGAGAAGAAGAGAUGUAUGUGACUGAUAUAAAGGCAGAAGAUAUAGAGGGAGAAGAAGAGACGUAUGUGACUGAUAUAAAGGCAGAAGAUAUAGAGGGAGAAGAAGAGACGUAUGUAACUGAUAUAAAGGUAGAAGAUAUAGAGGGAGAAGAAGAGACGUAUGUGACUGAUAUGAAGUCAGAAGAUAUAGAGGGAGAAGAAGAGAUGUAUGUGAGGGGGGAUCAGCAGUGUAAGGAGGAGGAGAUCCCUACAGAUAUCAGCACAGAUGGACACACAAGCAGGAAUAUCUCAGAAGGACAUCUAAUGUUAUCCCUAGAUUCUGAAAUAACAGAUGAUGACAGUAGACAGGAUUCUCCAGGAGCUAACCCCAUUACCCCAAUUAUUCAUCCAGCUCUAUCAGCUGAUCCCUCUGAUACUGGGAAAUGUUCUCCUGAUCACUCUGAUAUUGGUGCAUCUGUUACAGCUCUGACAGUAGAUACAGUGUUUCCUUGUUCUAUAGAUGCCAAAUGUUUUACACAGAACACAAAGCCUAUUACCCAUCAGCCAGCUAAGGCAGGGGACGGGCCAUUUCCAUGUUCUGAGUGUGGGAAAUGUUUUACAUAUAAAUCAUAUUUUGUUAGACAUGAGAGAAGUCACACAGGUGAGAAGCCGUAUUCCUGUUCUGAGUGUGGGAAAUGUUUCGCAUAUAAAUCAUUUCUUGCUACACAUCAGAGAAGUCACACAGGUGAGAAGCCAUAUUCCUGUUCUGAGUGUGGGAAAUGUUUUGCAUACAAAUCACAUUUUGUUAUUCAUCAGCAUGCUCACACAGGUGAGAGGCCAUUUUCCUGUUCUGAGUGUGGGAAAUGUUUUACAUAUAAAUCAUAUCUUGUUAGACAUGAGAGAAGUCACACAGGUGAGAGGCCAUUUUCCUGUUCUGAGUGUGGGAAAUGUUUUGCAUGUAAAUCAGUUCUUGUUACACAUCAGAGAAGUCACACAGGUGAGAAGCCAUUUUCCUGUUCUGAGUGUGGGAAAUGUUUUUUAUCGACAUCACAUCUUGUUAGACAUCAGAGAAGUCACACAGGUGAGAAGCCAUAUUCCUGUUCUGAGUGUGGGAAAUGUUUUUUAUCGACAUCACAUCUUGUUAGUCAUCAGAGAAGUCACACAGGUGAGAAGCCGUACUCCUGUUCUGAGUGUAGGAAAUGUUUUGCACAGAAACCAGCUCUUGUUAUACAUCAGAGAAGUCACACAGGUGAGAAGCCAUAUUCCUGUUCUGAGUGUGGGAAAUGUUUUUUAUCGACAUCACAUCUUGUUAGUCAUCAGAGAAGUCACACAGGUGAGAAGCCGUACUCCUGUUCUGAGUGUGGGAAAUGUGUUGCAUGGAAAUCACAUCUUGUUAUUCAUCAGAGAAGUCACACAGGUGAGAAGACGUAUUCCUGUUCUGAGUGUGGGAAAUGUUUUGCACACAAAUCACAUUUAGUUACACCUCAGAGAAGUCACACAGGUGAGAAGCCAUUUUCCUGUUCUGACUGUGGGAAAUGUUUUUCAUCGACAUCACAUCUUGUUAGACAUCAGAGGAGUCACACAGGUGAGAAGCCAUAAUCCUGUUCUGAGUGUGGGAAAUGUUUUGCACGGAAAUCAGUUCUUGUUAAACAUCAGCGAUUUCACAGAUGAGAAGCCAUUUUCAUGCUGUGAGAGAAAUAAAUCUGCUCUUGUUGAACAUAUUAGACAUUACCCAAGUCCGAAACCAUUUACAUCUUCUGGAGUAUAAUUAUCACUGUCGUCCAAUGUUCCUCAAGGGUGAAUCCGAUCUCCUAUGCUUUAUAAAAUAUACAUGCUACCACUGGGUGAUAUAAUCAGACGUCAUGGCCUGAUCUACCACUGCUAUGCAGAUGACCUGCUUUUUGCUCCAUGUACUGAGAACCUAAUACCAAUAAAUGGUUGUCUAGCUGAGCGCCAGGGGUGGAUGAUGCCAGUUGGCUGUGACUCAGUCUUUGUGAAACAUAAUAGACGCUCCCAAACAAAGGACAAGACUACAGCUUUACCAACCAUCUGGAUUUAUGCUUUGGUGUUCAGAAUCGCAAAAUACUGAACGUGUGCUGAAUCUUUGUGUUGUCCUGGUAUGUGGAUGACACAGACAUCAGGUAUCCGCCACAUACAAAUCCUCAUUCUUCCAUCUGUGGACCAUAACCAGAAUCAAGCUCUUGAUUCCCUCAGAAGUUCAUAGACUACUGCAAUGCCAUCUACCUGGGUCACCCAGCAAAAGAAUUACAGAGCUUUCAGGUUUUCCAAAAGGUGGAGAAAGUAAAUUCUCCUCCCAAUUGGAGAGUAACCCGCACCAGGAUAUAACUGUCCUGAUAGUUUAUGUACUUGGGGUACCUUUAUAUUAAAUAAUACCACUAUCACAAUUAAGUGAAUAAAUCGUGGGACAUUCUCAAGGUAAUUAUAGGUGCUACCAACUGAUUUAGGUCAAGGAAUAAAGUCAAAUCCCCAAAGGGAGGGGAAAGAAAAAAUAAAUCAGUUUUUUUGUGAGGUGCACACUACCCAAUAUCCAAUAUAUUAAAAUAUUUUUCUUUAUUGAUAAAUUGUUAAAAAAAUCCCUAUGUUAUUCGUAUUUAUAGGCAAAAUUGCCACACUUAAUAUUUAUUAAUUUUAUGUAUAAUUAAGGAUAUUAAUCAGACUAGUAUUGUCCUUAAAUUUGUAAUCAAGCGAAGUAAUAAAAGAUAGUAAGGAAAGUGAAAAAGAAUGAAAAUUAAGUGAAUAAAGAUUAAAAACAAA